CCAGACACUCCCAACUGCAGGAAUGUGUUCUCUUCCCAUGGCAAGAUACUACAUAAUCAAAGAUGCAUAUCAAAAGGCUUUGUACACACGGAAUGGCCAGCUCCUGGUGGGAGACCCUGAUUCAGAAAACUGUGAGCCAGAGAAGGUCUGUGUCCUUCCUAACCGAGGCCUGGACCGCUCUAAGGUCCCCAUCUUCCUGGGGAUCCAGGGAGGAAGUUGCUGCCUGGCGUGUGUGAAGACAAGAGAGGGGCCUCUCCUGCAGUUGGAGGAUGUGAACAUCGAGGACCUUUAUAAGGGAGGUGAACAAACCACCCGCUUCACCUUUUUCCAGAGAAGCUUGGGCUCUGCCUUUAGGCUCGAGGCUGCUGCCUGCCCUGGCUGGUUUCUCUGUGGCCCAGCUGAGCCCCAGCAGCCAGUGCAGCUCAUCAAAGAGAGUGAACCUUCUACCCGUACUGAAUUUUACUUUGAGCAGAGUCGGUAGGGAGGCAUGAGGUUGGGGUCCAGCCUAGUGCCCCCAAACUCAGCCCCUCUUGCUUGGCAUCUUAUGGAAAGCAGAAUAAGGAUCCACCAAAGAUGUUUAGGUCUUAAUUCUCAUAAUCUGUGACUGUGUUACAUUAAAUGGCAAAGGGACUUUUCCUCCGAGGUCCAUGUGGGCCCAUUGGAAUCAUACGAGGCCUGGAGAGAAGGAGGAGUCAGAGGGAGACUAGGGCAAACGUUGCUAGAUAUAAGGAUGGGAAUAGAAACCAUAAACUGAUGGGUAACAGUGGUUUCUAGAAACUAGAAAUGGUAAGAGCUCUCUUGACACUGAUUCUGGAUUUUUCUGGACUGGAGAAUUGUAAAAUAAUAAAUACACUUCCAUUGUUUUAA